UCGUGGUCUAAAUUACUGGGAAACAUCAACUUACAUUACUGUGAUUGUUUCCUUUUAAAUUCUAAUUUAAUUUCAAGAGAUAUGUUUAUUUUCUUGCAAUUUCUCGAAGAAUUAGAGUCAGUGGUAAAAUGAUCUAAUAUAGGAAGUGGUUUCAGUAGUGUAUUGUGCUUGUGAUAUAAUUUCACCUACGUUUUGCAAGUCUUUGAGUAUCCUCAGUUGUUUUCUAUAUCUAUACAGAAUGUCUUCUAAACCAGCCCCUUCCCUAAUUAUAAGGUGAAGGAACCCAAAUAAAUAAAAUAAGUUAUUGGAAAGGCUCAAAAUACAAAAUAAAUUGCAAGGAAAUGAGAUUCUCUUUAGAUCUCUCCAUCCGUUUCACUAUGUUGUGAUAGUUAUACCUACGUGUGUUCAGCAUUUCAGACUCCGGCAAAUCUUAUCGAUCAUAUUUGGAUGCACUUCUGUUUUGAAAGAAAACAACAAGAAACGUGCUAAAAACCAUAGAAGAGUUCAAUAAUUCAGCAUUGAAUUCAAGAAGAAUGAAUUUUGUGAUGUUAUGAAACCAUAUAGAUAGUUAUGAAUGUCGUGACUGAAGAUAUUGAGGAUCUACGAAAACUUCUCUAUUUGCAAGUCUUCUUCUCCUUUUCCUAUGUAGGCUCUUUAGCCCUCUAACAAUGAUAUUAGUAUUUGAUUGUGUAAAUUGCAUUUUCUUGUAGAGUAUAAGGCACUAUUAUAUUCUUUAUGUGAUCAGUACGAUCGGAAAAUUGCCCUUGUGAGAAAAGACAUCCACUUGCGCAUGUUGAAGUAUUUGAGAUUUAGCACAUCUUCUAAUAUUGUACUUCAUCAAUAUUUAAAAAGCGAGAAUUGUUUUCAGUUGGAUCAGCUCCCUCUCCAUUGAUGGCUAAAUUCAUAUGUUUGUUAUCUAAUGAUCCAAUAAACAAAUGGUUAGAUAUAAAAAAGUUUGUAGCAAUUCUGAAAUUUCUGGAAUUGAUACGAGUGAAAUUGGAAUUCGUUAUAAGGGGUAAGGUGUGCAAGACUUCGGCCUAUUUCUCUUUCUCAUUCUAUAUGAGUUGAUCAUAUCUAUUUUCAAUGUUGGGCCGUGCUUUGCACGGGCAUCACCUUACUAGUAUGUACUAAGUUGCACUUAGGAGGCGUGACUGAAACCCAAGCAUGAAAUAUUAUUUGGAAUCUCCAAGUUUGGCCGAUAUCCAUAAAUCUCCACUUUUAAUACCAAUUAAAUCUCUUAUAAGGUAGAUUUUUGCAUCAUUAGUUUAGUUUCAGAAUCGUGCCAGUUGAUCUUUCUUGGUCCUAAAAAGACGAGAUAUUUUGCAAGGUCGAUUUUGCAUGGUGCAUUGACGCGUCAAACAUUUCUUAUGAACCAGCUGAAACAAAUACACGCCCACACUCUCCGAAAUGGCACCGACUUCACCCAAUUCUUGAUUACCAAGCUUGUUGAAAUCCCAAACAUACCGUAUGCCCACAAAGUGUUCGACAAUAUUACCAGACCAACUGUCUUUCUCUACAACAAGCUCAUUCAAGCCUAUUCUUCUCAUGGCCUUCCCAGCCAGUGUUUUUCUCUCUAUAUCCAUAUGCGCCGGCAAGGCUGCUCCCCUAAUCCACACUCCUUCACUUUCCUCUUCGCCGCAUCCACCAGCCGUUCCAUCCCCAUACAAGGCCAAAUGUUCCAUGUCCAUUUCAUCAAAUGGGGUUUCAAUUUCGACAUCUACGCUUUAACUGCACUUGUUGACAUGUAUGCUAAAAUGGGCCUGUUGCCUUCUGCGCGAAAGCUCUUCGACGAGAUGGAAAUGAAGGAUGUGCCCACUUGGAAUUCUUUGAUUGCAGGGUAUACCAAGAAUGGGAAUGUGGAAGAAGCUUUCAAGUUGUUUUCAGCAAUGCCUUCAAGGAAUGUGAUUUCCUGGACAGCAAUGAUUUCAGGCUAUUCGCAAAAUGGCAAGUAUGCGAAUGCAUUAACUGUCUACAAGGAAAUGGAGAAAGACAAAGGAGUAAAGCCUAAUGAAGUCACAAUUGCUAGUGUGCUUCCAGCUUGUGCGAAUCUUGGGGCGUUGGAGGUUGGGCAGAAAAUUGAAGCUAAUGCAAGGGCAAAUGGAUACUUUAAGAAUAUGUUUGUCUGCAAUGCUGUGCUUGAAAUGUAUAUGAAAUGUGGUAGAAUUGAUAGGGCAAUGCAACUCUUUCACGAGAUUGGUAGGAGGAGGAACUUGUGUUCUUGGAAUACCAUGAUCAUGGGGUUAGCUGUCCAUGGAAAAGGUGAUGAAGCUCUUACGUUUUUCAACCAAAUGCUAGGAGAAGGAAAUGCACCUGAUGAUGUAACGUUUGUAGGAGCAAUCUUAGCAUGCACACAUGGAGGCAUGGUAGCAAAGGGCUGGGGACUCCUCAGCUUGAUGGAGCAAAGAUUCUCCAUAGUUCCAAAGUUGGAACACUAUGGCUGUAUGGUUGAUCUCUUAGGCCGGGCUGGAAAGUUGCAGGAAGCUUAUGAUCUUAUAGAGAGCAUGCCAAUGACACCUGAUUCGGUUAUAUGGGGAACUCUGCUUGGAGCCUGCAGCUUCCAUGGCAAUGUUGAACUGGCUGAGAAAGCAGCCGAGUUCCUUUCUGUGUUGGAGCCGUGGAAUCCCGGAAAUUAUGUUAUUCUCUCAAACAUCUAUGCAAGAGCUGGCCGAUGGGAUGGUGUUGCAAGGUUAAGGAAACUGAUGAAGUCCUCCCAGAUUACAAAAGCAGCAGGGUACAGCUUCAUUGAGGAGGGAGGUGAUAUUCAUAAGUUCAUAGUAGAGGAUAAAUCCCACCAAAAAUCAAAAGAGAUAUAUGCAUUGCUUGAUUUAGUCACGACUAUAUUAAAGUUUGAUGAAAGCACCAUUGAUAUUGAUUUGGAUUCUAUUGUCGAAUAAAAAAUUUUGUGAUAACCUGAAUAGUUUUUGGACCUACA